AUAUUAUUUUUAAAAUCCGAGAUGAUCUAGGAAUUACGUGCGAGUGCCGUCAUCACUCUUUUUCCCCAGCUCAGCCGUAUGACUUUGGUGCACAAAAGAGUUGAGAAGGGGAAACCAGGAAAACGGGAGAAGAAAGAAGGAGAAGUGCUGAAUCAAGUGAAAGCAGAGAUGAGCAGUUCCAAAUUGAUCGGAAAAAAGCGCCGGAACCUCCAGACCAAAAAGAUCUUGAAGAAACUGAGGAAGGUGGCGGACAUGAGGGCCGAGACGAUUCGCUUGAUGAAAGAAAUUGACAAAAUGGAAGCUGCUGCUAAAGAGAAGAAAAAGGUGCUGAAAUUGGAGAAGAAAAAAAGCCAGCGAUGUCUUACUGAAAACCUGCUUCUGUCAGAAACAGAGCACCUCCUUAUGGGGAUUCUGUUUCCCCCAAGCGGAAACUACUAAAUUAAUCCAAUUGGGAAAUUGUUGUAUUAGCUUUUUUUUCUUUUUUUCUUUUUUUUUUGGUUUUUUGAGGAAGUUGUAUUAGCUAUUUCUGUUCAGUGAUGUAUGUUGCUUUUCGAUGGUGUUUUUCUCCCUUACGUGUUUUGGGGGGUGUUCUUGAUGUGUUUUUCUCUGCUUUGUGUAAAAAUAUUAUAAUUAUAAUGGCAUGUACUAUUUUGAUUAAGAUUAUAAUAAUAUAAUAUAUUAUUAUAU